UAGAACAGCAACAGCAAAACCAACAACUCGCAAUACCCAACACUUCAAAACUCUGGAUAAGCACAUUUAUUUGGAAUAUGGUUGUUUUAAAUGGCUACACUUUCAAGGCACACUACCAACAACUCUCACACUCCGAGCAACAUCCUCAGCAUCACAGUCAUCAUCAGCAGCCACAGCAACAACAGCAGCAUCAGCCUCAGCAGCAGGAACAGCAGAGUCAAACAUCCCAUUUACCCGCCACAUCCACCUCGACUGCGAUGACGACGCAAAAGUCGAAACGAGACUGGGAUAUAAAUGAUGCAAUCGUGCCGCAAGUAGCCGACAUCGAAUUCGACGAGUUCAGCGAAUGGAGCGAUGGGCAUAUGCGUCUAGUCUACUCGGUGCACAACGAGGAGGCAAAGAAGCACAUCUCUGGUUGGGCGAUGCGCAACACCAAUAACCACAAUGUGAACAUCCUGAAAAAGAGCUGUCUGGGCGUGCUGGUCUGCUCACAGCACUGCACUCUGCCCAAUGGUUCCAAGAUCAAUCUGAGACCCGCCAUCUGCGAUAAGGCGCGCCGCAAGCAGGAGGGCAAGACUUGCCCCAACAAGAGCUGUCGCGGCGGACGUCUGGAGAUUAAGCCCUGUCGCGGGCAUUGUGGUUACCCAGUAACACAUUUCUGGCGGCAUUCAGGAAAUGCCAUCUUCUUCCAAGCCAAGGGAGUGCAUGAUCAUCUGCGACCUGAUCCCAAGAAUUCGAGCGUGUCCAAGCGAGCCUUUGGACGAGUCGCCUUGACGACCGGUAAAGCAGCAUCGAUGGGCUCCUCGAGGUCGGCAAGUGUAGCUGCGUCCAAGAAGUCGGUUAUUUCGGGAUUGGUUAAACAGGUCAAGCAACAACAGAAUCUCAUGGACAAGGUGCUGAAGCGAACGACGUCAAGCAAUCCACUGACUCACUCUGCCCUGGAGAUAUAUCAGUUUAAUGCAUGCGGCAAGUGUACAACUUACAGCCAUUGCACAUGCGGCUAUUUGGAAGACACAACACGUGCCCAUCAGCUUAGCCAAUCCUCGAACUAUAUGAACAGCUCUUGGCCCAUGGCAACUGCCGAGUCAGCCCCGUGCGAGCCAUCGGCAAAUGUCUUUACGGUGAACCAUCAGCACAUUACCUACAACUAUCCCAUUUACCAUGCCACACCGACUGCAGCAACAGCGGCGCCGAGCAAGUCACCUGGUUUGCCCUAUACUUGCAUAUCUGAGUUGUCCGCAUAUCAGCCGGGCCUCAACACUCAGUCCAAUCUCUCUGGCUACAGCAAUGCUAAUUGCCAACUAGCUUACGAGACCGGCUCGCAGUUAGCCACACCGGAGCCAGAGUUCAUCAACUAUUCACAGAUCAAGCAUUUGGGCAGCGGUACAGAACUUGGUUGCAAAGGGGAAACAACGCCGACGAUCAAGUAUAAUGCCACAGUCGAGGCUCAGCCGGUGGCAGGAUACGCUGACGACAAUUUUGACUACUACUACAAUCGUGAGUCGAAGUCAGACUACGAGUUGCAGCAACAGUUCGCCGUCACCCACGGCCACAGUCAUGGACAUGGACAUGGACAUUAUUAUGAGAGCGCCAAUAGUUACAAUGGCGUCAGCUACUUUGACACGGGUACAACUGCGCCAAGCAAUGGCAGCGGUAGUGGCGGCAGCGUUAACAGUAGUGGCCUGAACAUCACCAGCGGUAGCGGAAGCGGCAAUAGCAGCAACUCGAACCUAAAUCAUGGCAGCUACAGCAGCUAUUACGAUCAAUAUUCAAACUAUGAGCAACAGAUGGCGGUAGCGGGUGGUUUCGUUGCAGCCGCUGGUGGCGUUGGCGUCGCGUCUGUGGCUAAUGUGGCUAACACUGUGGCUCCACCAACACCGACGCUUACAUAUCAUCACCAUCAUCAUCAUCAUUUGCAUCACGCACAGGCACAAUCAGCACACACAGCCCAUUGAUAGUACUUAACGAUUACAUUACUCAUAGUUCAUAAGAUCACAUAGUUUAUACAUACAUA